AUGCAUAAGAAGAGCCUUAAUAAGCUAAGAAUAAGUAACCAUGACCUAGAAAUUGAAAGAGGCAGAUACUCUAGUUACAAGAAGGUAGAGGAAAGGAAGUGCUUUCAUUGUACUGAUAUAAUAGAAGAUGAAAGACACUUCCUAAUUAAAUGUCCUCUAUACUCUAAACUUAGAGAAGAAUUUCUUAUGCAAAAUAACAUAAGCACAGCUGGUGACUCGCUGUCCCUUCAUCGUGGUAUGGCUUUCACCACCAAAGAUUGUGACAAUGAUGCCAAUAGUGGAAACUGUGCAGUGGACUACAAAGGUGCCUGGUGGUACCAGAGCUGUCACCACUCUAACCUGAACGGCCUGUAUCACCACGGGAAAAACGCAGGUGCUGGAGUCGCCUGGUAUCACUGGACUAGCUACACUGCUAAGAGAGCCGAGAUGAAGAUACGACCUGUAUAA